AUGGCUACCCGGCGCAUUGUUGCUACUGAAAAGACUUUCCUUGAUAAGGAUGACCCCAUUGACGAAACCUCGAGCACUGCUCCUGCUGUCCCCAGUCACGUCAUCUACAAGCUUCUGGCCUUUACUUUUGCCAUGAUUGUUGUGCCCAUUGGCUCAUACUUCCUUACCGUCAACACUGUCUUCAAUGGCAAGUCUCUCCUCUCAUUCCUGCGCGUCACAACUCAAACUAACGCUGCCCAGGCAACUCUUCUCUCGCUGGUGGUUUGGCUGCUGUCUUGGCCAAUGUAG